AACAAAUAUCUCCCCAAGUUUGGACUUCAAACUACCGUCGACUACUGAUGUGUCAAUGCUUUCUGGGUAAAAGUCUCGCUGUCAGAAUAAAAGCCUUUAAUAGUCGAUCGCAUUUGACUGCUGUGUCUAACUCACGUUACACUUAUACCCGUCAAAAUAGCAAUGUAAAUUGUUAAAAGAAUUGUAAUAUUUCUUCAUAACGACCGAUAAUAGUAGCGGUAGAGGGCGGGUUACAUAUGUUGUUUUUCUUAAUUUAACGCUACAGUUUAGGUAUUGGGCUAACUGUAAAAUUCGGAUGUCUUUAAACACAACCUACAGAAAGAGCCAAUCACACAAGCUGUGUAAUCUACGCUGCGAGGGAUCCACGCGACUUCACAGAUGUUGGAUUGGUCUAAUGUCGAGGGUUGGCCAUGAUGCUCAAAUUCAGGUUAUUGUUUUAGAUCAGCGAACUACGUAAACCUCUGAGCGAGGAGGCGGAGAUAAUUUUGUUGUCAUCGCCGAAGAUGAUUGAACGCCAAUGACCACAGAUUUUUCACGCCUGGAAAGAAGUGAUUUUACGCAUCAAAGAGUGCACUGAUGGAAGGCUUAUCGGCGGUCAGAAAAAAACCGAGUUUAGGCGUGAAAAGGGCGUUUAUUUGCAUGGAUUGCAGGAUUCUUAUGAAGGCGGACGACGAGGCGCCCAGACUUUGAGAUGUAUCCCACCCAGACCCAGCUGUUCCUCGGCACCGAGUCUCUCUGGCGACCAGUACAACUCCGAGAAGCACAGCUGAUCUAGAUGGAUGAGCCCGACUGACAAAGACUCUUGAGCUAUAGUUUCUCUGAGACACUACUCUUAAUUUAUCAACAAUGUCGGUCUCUACUGUAUUGGCAAAGGCGCUGUUUGACAACACGGCAGAGAGCCCGGAGGAGCUGGCUUUCCGAAAAGGUGACAUCCUAAUGGUUAUUGAACAGGAGCAGAGUGGUGGGCCCGGCUGGUGGCUCUGUUCACUGCAUGGCAGACAAGGUAUUGCCCCUGCCAACCGUCUUCGUCUCCUCCAGACCGCACCACCACCAGGCUCAGACCUCCAUCGCGGCCCUAGUGAAGAUUCUGUUUACCUAUCACCUGGCCCCCCUUUGGCCCGGACAGCUGUCGGCAGUAGUGCAGAGGACAUAGAUGGAUCGUAUCGCUCCCCACCAGGUGUGGGUGAGGGGCGAGGAGCAGCAGCUUCCUCAAGGCCCGGGGAGCUCCAUAGAGUUGAGGGUGGGCGCCCACGCUCUCACUCCAGCUCUGGCACUCGGCCCAGACCUGACUGGGAUAUUGGGGUGAUGGGGCGCCCACGUUCACCAUCUCUGAGAGGACGAGGAACACAAAUGACAGGAACACUAUAUCAGACUCCAGUAAGUCCCAUACCCUCAGCAGCUCACCAUGCCAGGCAGCCUGGUGCGCCAAUGGCUUCAGAGUCUGUGUACCUCUCACCUAGUGGAGUGCCGAGGGCAGCUGAUGAGCCAGAGGACACUACAUAUCUAGUCCCUAGAGAAACACUAACCACAGGACACUCUGAUGACUGUUACUUGGUACCCAAAGGUACACCACUUGCAGGUGAUGAUGUUUACCAAUCCCCAACAGGAGGAGGUGCGGCCACCACCUCUAAUAGCCCCUCUAUAAUAAGUGGAACACCUGGUAUUCCCCACCCCAAAGUGAGCCAGGACACACCUGGGAUGUACCAAUCACCCUCCUCUGUGGGAGCAAGCCUUCCGAGGACUUCAGCUAUUGUUUUGGCCCACGAGCACCCGUCUCAAUUAUCCCCUGCUCAGGUAUCUCCCAGACCUCUGCUUAAAGGUGUUUCACCCAACCCUGCUGCUGCAAGAGGGAAAUCUGGCCUGGUCUGUAACCGGGGGUCCCCUUUGCUGGUCAGAGCAGGGCAAGUCAGGGUUCCAGGAUCACCGAACUUUGCUCGCAAGCCUCCUCCACCAGCGCCUCCAGUGAGGGGAGUCACCAGAAAAGAUAAUCAGCAAGCAGCACCAUCAUCUGAUUCUAACUCUAUCCCCAAACCUGCCUCUCAGACCACUUCUGCAGGUUUGCAGCAAGAAGAGAACAAACAGAGUGGAAGUUCUCAGAGUAAUAAUGAAAGGAUGAAUAACUGCCUGGAGAAAAGCAGCAAUGUGCAGAAUAAAAAGUCAGAAAAUGACCAGGUUUAUGAUACUCCACCCAGUGGCAGAUGGCAGCGUCCAGUCCCACCUGCCCUUGGGGGUGAUGAUGGCAUCUACGACACCCCUCGCAGUGUCCCACCACCAGCUGACUCGGAGACAGAGGUCUAUGAUGUCCCUACCAUCACUCUCAGUGUGUCUGCAUCAGAUGCCCAGCCUGUUGAGGCUGAAGACGAAGUCUACAGUGUCCCUACACUUCCAGGUGUUCCUCUGGGACUAGGCGAGUCCACCUCCAGCCUCUCUGGUGACAGCGUUGCCCAGGUUGGACAAGUCUGCUGUGUCCCUGCACCUGAAAAACGAAGCAAUGGUGGAGAUCAUAAUCAAGACUCCUCUGAGCCUGAAUGUGGCAUCUAUGACAUGCCUGCUCUGACCAUCGAAGUCCUCCCACACUCAUCCUCAUCCUCAUCCUCCUCUACUCGCCGCCUCUCCGUUUCUAGUAAUGGAUCAGGAGAUGUGCAGUGGAGAGCCUCUCUUUCCAGCCUUGUCCAGUCGGUGCUGAGCACAGCGUCCUGCUCGGCCUCCACUCUGUCAUCGCGGGACCUGGCCACCUCAUUGGCUGAAAUCUUAUCCACCUGGAAAGCCAGUCAUACAGGUGAUCCUCCACCACCUCUUCAGCAGGCCUGGGCUCGUCUGUCAGAACUGCUCCCAGCAUUAUCUGCUAUCGGCAGUGCCCCUCCAUCUGAAGGGCUCUUGUCGCUGGUCCAGCGGUCCCUUGAGGAAAGCGCCCACCUCUUGCAGGCUCAGGGCCGACCUCGUCUGCCUUCCCAAGAAUCCCUAUCACGCAGGCCAUUGCCUGCACUCCCAGUGCCUGAUGGGAAGUCAUCUGGCGGUGGGAUGGGCUCCCGUAAGAGUAGCUGGAUCCAGGAGAGGCCCCUGCCCCCAACACCUCAGCCUGCCUUCCCCUUGCCUCCCACUCCAUCCACUGUGACCCUUGCCGUGGGCCCGGUUGAUGGAGAAGACGACCCCAGCAAUGAGUAUGCUGGGAUCAGCUUGACCCCCAUCCCAGCCCCAGUAACUUCUGGAGACAGCGUUGGAUAUGUCAAGCUGCAGGGUAAACCUGAACCUCUUCCUGAUGCCCCAGUUGAGAAUGGACAAACCAUCACUGUAGAGCCACGGUUGACCCCAUCCCCUCCUCUGCCGGUGUCCCUCUCCCUGGAGGACUCGGAGCUGCUGUCCUUUUACUCCUCUCAGAGCCUCGCCCACCUGUCCUGCCUGGCAGACGCCAUCGAUGUGCUUUUCAGCAGCGUGCAGGGGAACCAGCCGCCCCGCAUCUUCGUCGCCAGAGGGAAGAGUCUCAUUGUGACGGCACACAAGCUUGUGUUCAUUGGCGACACGCUCUCCCGCCUUCUCACCUCUGCUGACCUCCGGGCCAAGAUCACAACCUCGGGGGGACGACUCUGCCAGGCCUUGAAGGCAGUUGUUGUGGCAACAAAGAGUGCUGCACAAAACUACCCCUCAGUAUCCGCCUCCCAGGAGAUGGUGGACCGCGUUGCUGAGCUCUCCCAGCAAGCGGCUGGCUUCUCCACUCUGCUCCAGCGUCUGGCAGAGAUAUCCUCAUGAUAUUUUAUAUCACUUGUGUAAAACCUUUUUUACACUACACACUUCUCUCUUUGAAAUGCCUUAUUUGUUGUUGGACUGUUUUGUUACCUUUGGUGUGAACAGAGUUGAAGCAAGUGAUACUCUGGAGUGCGUUUUAUCGCUGCAGCUGGCACUAAGCUGGGUUUUUGACUGUUCUAUCCUCCAAGUGUGUGUUGAUUUGCCUUUGUUUAUAUACUGACCUCUGUGCUUUGGUGCCAGGCACACUCGUCUUUUUGAGUGUUAACUUAUUGAAUAUUUGAAAGCCCCUCUCUGGCUGUGUGAGUAUCUGUGUGUGCUGUGUGUCUUGGGGGCUUUGCUUUAUUAUGCUUGCCUAUUUCCUUUCCCUAUGAUAGCCAUUUUUGCUUCCUUCCUCUGCUUAUUUAGCCAUCCCCUCUACUGCAAAAAUAGCACAGAAGGAGGCUUUACAUCCUGGUGCUGGCCUACUUCUUACUGUGACACCUGAAAAGCCUUUUGUGAUCAUGGUUUUGAGGCUGCUGAACAAGCUCAAAAGGUAUUUUGGACUUCAUUUGGGAGAUGUGGAGUAGAAAAUUUGCCUGGCUUCCAUCUGUAGUCUGUGCAGAUAUAGGUUGUCUUUGUAUAGUAGCCAUUCCCACUUGCAAGAAGAGAUUAUCUGUAGUACAACUUGAGAAACAUGUCUCAGUGCGUUCUUCAUUUUCAGUCUUCUGCAUCUCAUGAAGAAAAAUGAAAGCCCUGUCUGACAGAGAAAUAAUAUCUAAGAGUGAAUAAUGAUAGCUUGGUGAGAAAUUGCCCAAUCCAGUUCUUUCUCACAGUGAUGUGUUAGUCUGGCAGUGGAUAAGAACCUGUUGACCAAGUUCACUUGUCUCCACAUGUCUUGUUAUGAUCUGCAUGGUUAUGCUUCUUGGACUUCCUUUGCUUUUUAUUUUCAUUUCCAAAAUGAUGCAGAUCAACGGUGCUUACAACUGAUUUGACAAGUCCACAACCCUGUUAGGAGAUAUGUGGGAGAGGAAUCAAAAACAUGUUCAGUCCGGUGAAACAUUAACACUACAAAGCUGAACUGUGUAAACACACGGCCAGGUUCAUCUUUGGGGUGCUCCACAGUGUUAGAUUAUAAAACAUAAAUGUUUUAGGAUCCAUCUUCUGUAUCAUAAAUCACAUUACUUAAGCAGAUAUUCAACUUUAUUUUUCACAUCUAAAGCAGUAUCUUUAGGGGAUUUCAUAAUGUUUUCCAGUGUGGCUGCUGUUUUCUCUGCUGCAGAGCCACCUUGUGGAGGUUUGAAGUAUGAAUACCUCCCUGCCUAAACUAGCUUUGGACUGUAUGUAAGAAGAGAGCAUGAUCUACCAAUAACCUUUAGUUAUGUAUUUAUUAUUGUCAGUUUUGUGUUCUCAGCUUUCCAGUUUGCAUGGCUUUAAUUUGCUUAAAUUUUAUAUAUGCACACCCUUCACCAGGGUGAUUUUACUAUGUGAUUUUCAACAUAAAAAUAGCCAAUAUCAAGUUACUGGUUAAAAAUAGAGCUGCAUUUCUUUUGUACAAAACAUUUUUACACUAUUUGAACUCAUUGUUAUUCGUAUAUGUUGAAGUACCUAAUUGAAUCUUUGGCAGUAAUGCAGACCUAUACCUCUUUAUUUUUAACACUACAUUUGAUGUCUGUCUUGUUUUCCUGUUCAGAAUGCACAAAUACAUCUUUUGCAAAUAAAACAACGUUUGUAUUAUUAAUUGCAUAAUUGCCAAAUAUGUUACU